CAGCCUCAUGAACGGUCACACGCCAUUUCUCGAAAUGAAUGUUUCAAAAUGCUCGUGUAUUUAAAUCGAUUUUUAAGAUUCAACGUCAACGCCACCCCCGCAAGGCUGCCAUGCAAAUGCAACUGAACUCGACGUCGAGUCGGCAACAAUUAGUGAUAUGAGCUAGUGUUUUCACUCUGCCUAAAAACGUUAAAAUAAGCAGUUAAUUGCUAAAAUUAGUGUUAAGUGUGCAACUUGUGCAAAAUUGGCAGUUGAACGUAACGGGCCACGACACGGGAACAACAACAAAAACAAGCGAAUAAAAGGGCUGCGCAAAAACGUAAACAAAAGCAAGUAGAAAACGGGGCAAAGGAAAAGGCAAUAGCAAAAGUCAAAUCAAACCAAAGGAAAGCCAGAGGAAAACAAAGCCACGAAAGCGAAGAACAAAGAGAGGAGCUGCAAACAGAACGGAAGUGGAUCGGCGAGAGGGAGAGGGGAGGCAGUGCGAAAGGGGAGCAGGAAGAGAGAACGCGCAGGAGAAGGAGAAGGAGCAGCAGAAAGCGAAGCAGAAGCGCAAAACAGAAACAGAAAAAUGGAUUCGGACAAUGACAAUGAUUUCUGCGAUAAUGUUGAUUCGGGCAACGUUUCCUCGGGCGAUGACGGAGAUGACGACUUCGGCAUGGAGGUGGACCCCCCAAGUUCUGCGGAGCGCCAGCUGGACCAAGACGACUACCAGUACAAGGUGCUCACCACCGACGAGAUUGUGCAACACCAGCGGGAGAUCAUCGACGAUGUCAAUCUGCUGUUGAAGCUCUCCACACCCAUUACGCGGAUACUGCUGAAUCACUUCAAGUGGGACAAGGAGAAGCUCUUGGAAAAGUACUUCGACGACAACACCGAGGAGUUCUUCAAAUGCGCACACGUCAUAAAUCCUUUCAACAACGCCACCGAAGCGGUCAGACAAAAGACCACAAGAAGUCAAUGCGAGGAGUGCGAAAUAUGCUUUUCACUGCUUCCGUCAGAUUCCAUGACCGGACUGGAGUGCGGACACCGAUUCUGCAUGAUCUGUUGGCGCGAGUAUCUGACAACGAAGAUCGUGACGGAGGGUCUGGGCCAGACAAUUUCGUGCGCGGCGCACGGCUGUGAUAUCCUGGUGGACGAUGUUACCGUCACCAAGCUGGUGCUGGAGGCGCGGGUGCGGGUCAAGUACCAGCAGCUGAUCACCAAUAGUUUUGUGGAGUGCAACCAGCUGCUGCGCUGGUGUCCGUCCGUCGACUGCACCUAUGCGGUGAAGGUGCCGUAUGCGGAGCCACGUCGCGUCCACUGCAAGUGCGGCCAUGUCUUCUGCUUCGCCUGCGGCGAGAACUGGCACGAUCCGGUCAAGUGCCGCUGGCUUAAGAAGUGGAUCAAGAAAUGCGACGACGACUCGGAGACGUCCAACUGGAUUGCGGCCAAUACCAAAGAGUGUCCCAAGUGCAGCGUGACCAUCGAGAAGGACGGCGGCUGCAACCACAUGGUGUGCAAGAACCAGAACUGCAAGCACGAGUUCUGCUGGGUCUGUCUCGGUUCCUGGGAGCCGCACGGCUCCUCCUGGUACAACUGCAAUCGCUUCGACGAGGACGAGGCCAAGACCGCCCGCGAUGCACAGGAGAAGCUGCGCUCCGAGCUGGCCAGAUAUCUCCACUACUACAAUCGCUACAUGAACCACAUGCAGUCGAUGAAGUUCGAGAACAAAUUGUACGCAUCUGUGAAGCAGAAAAUGGAAGAGAUGCAGCAGCACAAUAUGUCCUGGAUUGAGGUGCAAUUUCUGAAAAAGGCUGUCGACAUACUUUGCCAGUGCCGUCAGACUCUCAUGUACACAUACGUGUUUGCGUAUUACUUGAAAAAGAACAAUCAAUCCAUGAUAUUCGAGGAUAAUCAAAAGGACUUGGAGUCGGCAACUGAGACGUUGUCCGAGUAUUUGGAACGUGAUAUUACAUCCGAGAAUUUGGCUGAUAUUAAGCAGAAAGUGCAAGAUAAAUACAGGUAUUGUGAAAAGCGGUGCUCUGUUCUGCUGAAGCACGUGCACGAGGGCUACGACACGGACUGGUGGGAAUACACAGAAUGACGCGAGUCAUGGCUGGAUAACUAAGCUAAGCUGAGCGGCAGGCAGUCGGAGUUUAUUGCCCGCUAAACGCCUCCACAUCCAGCAUCCAGAAUGCACCAAACACCAAACCAACAACCACUAAUCCCUCAUCCACACAACCAACAUCCAUCCACCCACACAGAAACCGAAACCGAAACCGAACAAGUUGAACAGAAGUUGAAGAUAAAGCAGGAGCUACACGGAAAGGCAAAGCGAAAGAAACGCAGAACACUUACAGAACGAACCCCCAAACACAAGAUGCACUGCGAAAAGAGAAACCAUUUCAGAAUAAUUGUGAAACCCGAAUGAGAACUCUAUAUUAAAUCGUAAUAUAUAAAUAUAUAAUUAUAUAUAUUUUCGUCGUAAUGAGCAGCAGCAGCAUCAGGAGCCUAAGGAGGACAGAAUCAGACAGACACACACUCGGACACACCACACACCACAUACCACCAGCACACACUUAACACCACUCACACACAACCAGUCACAAGGAUCAGAAGCAGCAGCAGCCGCAUCCGCAGCAGCAUAUAUAUAUAGUAAAUAAUCAACAGUUACAAACUUAUUUGAUGUUAACCGAUUGCAAAGAGAUCUUCAUGUUAUCAAAAACUAAAGAAAAACGAAACAAAAAGCAAAAAUUAGUGAAUUCAAAGCUCCGAGGAUGAGAAACCAACAAUAGAACCUUAACGUAUGUGAAAUAAACUACACAUGUAAGCAGAAA